ACAAGCAUUCCUACUUCAGCCCAAGUGGGUGCUGUUCCUCAACCAGGGAGGUUUUGCUAUACCCUGGACAACAAUGUCCUCACCACAGAGCAAAGGCAGUUCUAUGAAGACAAUGGGUAUCUGGUCAUUAAGAAGCUUGUUUCUGAUGGAGACAUUGAGCGCUUCAGGAAGGAGUUCUUGAGGAUUUGUAGAAGGGAGGUGAAUCCAUCAGGAGCUAUGAUUAUGAAAGAUGAGUCCCUGAGAUCGCAGUAUGGCCAGUCUGAAAGCGUAGUUAAUAAAGUGCAGGACUUCCAGGAGGAUGAAGAGUUGUUCAGAUACUGUACUCUGCCAGAGGUCCUCAAGUAUGUUGAGUGCUUUACAGGGCCAAACAUCAUGGCAAUGCACACCAUGCUGAUAAAUAAACUUCCAGAUUCUGAUAAACAGACUUUUCUCCACCCCAUGCAUCAGGACUUGCACUACUUCCCCUUCCGGCCCGCGGCCCGCAUCGUGUGCUCCUGGACUGCCAUGGAGAGGGCUCACCAGGACAACGGCUGCCUGGUCGUGCAGCCGGGGACACACAAGAUGCUCCUGCAGCCUCACGGCUACCCAAAACAGGAGGGUGUGGGCAACAAACUUUUCCAUGGGCUGCUUGAUGAGGAUGAGAAGAGUCCCAGGGUUCACGUUGUCAUGGAGAAGGGAGACACGGUGUUCUUCCACCCCCUGCUCAUCCAUGGCUCUGGGAUAAACAAGACAACAGGUUUCCGAAAGAGCAUAAGUUGCCACUUUGCCAGCUCAGAGUGCUACUACAUUGAUGUCAAGAACACGAUCCAAGAGGAUCUGGAGAAAGAACUGGUAGAAAUGGUUCGCAAGAAGUACAACAUGACUUCUGUAGAACUCAAGGAUAUUUGGAAGUUCCGAGCACGGCUUGUGCAAGGGGAAAGAAUUAAUCUGUAGAACAACCUCUGAAGAGCAGGAUGGAAACCACGGGCCUGAGAAGGAGCUUCUCUGGUUGGAGGGUGCAGACCCUGCCUGUGCUUUGUUGACCUCUGUAUUGGUACCUUAGCCAAAUGCUGC